AUGGGACUGAAGCAAGCAAUUUGCCUGGCAGCCCUGGCAACAUCAGCAACAAGCCGCUGCUACGCUCCCAAUCCCGCCUUCCCCGUCCCAAGCUGGCCCAAUGGCGCCUCCACUCUCAGAACAGCCUUCCAAGACCUAGAAAAACAAUACGAUACUGCCAUUAAAGCUCCCAAAUUCGAAAACACAUCCUUCUCGGUAGAAGUCACCUCCAAAACCUCGACGCUUUGGUCCUACCACCACACCGCCGCCAACCUUAAUCCCGCUCGACCGGGCGAUGGGAAUGUCUCGCCGGAUAGUAUUUACCGCAUCGCCUCGAUCACCAAGACCUUCACCACGCUGGCGAUUCUGUACCAACAAGCCGCCGGGAACCUCAGCCUCGACGAUCCCGUGACGUAUUACAUCCCCGAGCUCAAUUCCUCCGACUACACCCUCCCCUGGAAAGACAUCACGCUCCGCUCCCUCGCGAGCCAACUCUCCGGCAUCCCACGUGAAUUCGCCCAAAGCGACAUCUGGAACUUCUUCCAAGACCCCACGUCCAUUGGUCUCCCCCCAGCGACGGGAGAAGGCCUCCCCACCUGCGACGAAUACAAUUACUACAAACCCUGCAACCGCAGCGACCUUCUAACCCAACUCAAAAAAUCCAAACCUGUCUUCGCCCCGAACCAGAAAUCAACCUACUCGAACCUCAACUUCGAACUCCUCGGCCUCGUGCUCGAAAACAUCACAAAACUCCCCUACGCCCAAAUCAUCCACAACCUCAUCUUCACACCCCUAAACAUGACGUCCUCCUCCCUCACCAAACCCGCCUCGGACGUUCGCGCCGUCCUGCCUUUGAUGCCCGCCGGCGAGCCGAACUACUGGGACGUCAACGAAGGCGUGCAGAACCCGACAGGAGGGAUCUACACCUCCUCGCGCGACAUGGGGAUUUACCUCCGCUACAUCCUGACGCACUACAACGCGCUCGCGACGGGCGUCAACUGGUUCCAUCCGGUAUCGAAAGGCACAGGCCCGCACUCAUUCUACGGCAUGCCCUGGGAGAUUUUCUCGACGGAGGAGCUUCUUCCCGAGUCGAGGCGCCCGGUGACGUUCGUGACGAAAUCGGGCGGGCUGCCGGGGUAUUAUUCGCAUAUUUAUUUACUAGAGGAAUAUGGUCUGGGCAUCAGUCUCUUCGUAGGCGGGAAUGGGGCUGUUUUCGACGAACUGCACACGCCUGUGACGACGGACCUGAUCCGCGCGGCGGAGGAGGCCGUUUGGGAGGAUAUGCAAUCUGUCUAUACCGGGAGAUUCAUCCCCACGGAGGACUACGCACAUCUGAACACAACCCUCACACUCGCGACAUCCCCGGCUAAAGGACUGCACUUGGAGCAAUUCAUCUCCAACUCCACCGAUGUCCUCGCUGCCCUUUUUGGGGGCAUCAUGUCCGCCGCCACCUCCUCGCAUCCACGCCAUCACCCAAAGCCCAAGGGACAAGGGGAUCCAUGGCACGCCCAACUCACGCCCACCCUCCUCCACGCCAACGAAACCGCUUCCUCAGGAGAAAUCUAUCGUGUAUUGCCCGUCCUCACCCAGAAACCUGCUAAUGCCCCCGUGUGGGAAGACGACUGCGUCACGGAUGUGGAUACGAUGUCGUACGCGGGGAAGGCUGUUAAUGAGAUGGUUUUUUGGUUUGGGGAGGAUGAGGGUGACGAUUUGGUGGUGGAGUUGCCGGCUUGGAAUGUUAGUCUUAGGCGGGUGGGUGGCAGGGAAGGGAGGGCGAUGGUGGUGCAGAAGGGGGAUUUGUGA